AUCGGUCCGACACACCAUCGAGUUGGUUGAAGGUGUUGUUCCUCCAAAGGGCUGUGUAGGAACUCUAGCGACAGAUUGAUGAGAUGAUUGACAAGGGGUGGAUCAAGCCCAGCGAAUCUGAAUUUGGUGCUCCUGUGUUGUCCAAAGAAAGGAGGCAAACUCCGCAUGUGUAUUGACUAUCGCGGUCUAAACCGUAUCACAAGAAAGAAUGUUUAUCCAUUGCCUCGUAUAGAUGACUUGCUUGAUGUCGCGGGUGGGUGCAAGGUCUUCUCCAAGAUCGAUCUCAAGUCUGGCUACCACCAGAUUGAAGUCGAUCCUGCGGACCAGCACAAGACUGCGUUCAAGACACGCGAUGGGUUGUACGAGUUUACCGUAAUGCCCUUCGGUCUCAUGAACGCACCGGCCACCUUCCAAAGCCUCAUGGACAAAGUCCUCCGCGAACAGAUUGGCCGAUUCGUGGUGGUCUACCUCGAUGACAUUCUGAUCUUCAGCAACUCCAUGGAGGAACACCUCAAGCACCUUGAGGAGGUACUGACCAUCCUCAAGAAGACGCAACUCCAUCUCAACUUAGAAAAAUCUGAGUUUGGGAAGGAUAGUGUCAUCUAUCUUGGGCACCGGUUGUCUGCUGCAGACCUAGAGCCUGAAGCAACCAAGGUGGAGGUCAUACGCAAUUGGCCUCAGCCCGUGAACAUUCGCGAACUGCGUUCUUUUCUUGGUCUCGCGUCAUACUAUCGGAAGUUUGUGCCCCGCUUCUCCAUUGUUGCACGUGCAUUGUCUCGACUAACAAGUAAGAAUGUUCCCUACUCUUGGGACACCGCAUGCACGAUCGCCUUUCAAGCCUUGAAGGACGCCUUGUUUGAUUGGUCAGGCAUGAAAGGGACUGCUGAGAAGUUUGUGGCUGAAUGUCAAGUCUGUCAACGAAUCAAACCAUGCAGACAAAAGUCGAUGGGGCUACUCACACCCCUACCCAUUCCCGAUGGUCUCGGGGAGUCUGUCUCCAUUGACUUCACCGACACGGGAAAGGUAAGUAAGAACGGCUACUCACAGGUCAUGGUGAUUGUUGACCGAUUCUCUAAGUUCCUCAAUCUGAUCCCUUUGCCGCCUCAUGCCCCAACAGAGCUAGUGAUUCAUGAAUUCCAACAGAAGUACACUCUGCAGUUUGGAACCCCGAAGACUCUUGUGAGUGAUCAGGAUCUGUGCUUCAUUAGUACUGAGUGGAAGGACUUCACGUCUCAACUGGGGAUCAAACUGUGUAUGACAUUUGGCCGACACCCCGAAGCCAACGGUUUGGCUGAGGAGAUCAACCAGACUAUGUUCCAACUCCUUCGCGCUUUGAUUAUUCCGGAUCAGGAAACAUGGGAUGAAGAGUUGUAUUCCGUUAAGGGGUUAUACAACAACUUCGUCCACUCCGCCACUGGCAUGACACCCAACAGGCUGCAUUACGGAUGGCAGAUCCGGAAACCGCUCUCUUACCUAUUCCCUGAGCAGCCAGCUGGUUUAACACCCGGCAGGCCUGGCUUCAGGGCCAAGUAUGAUCGCUUGCUCAAAGUUGCCAUUGCAGCUAUGACCAAGCGACAUCACGCCAUGAUCCAUCAUGCGAACAAGAAGCGCCGACCGUCGGAUAUUCAGGUAGGAAGCUAUGUCUGGGUCAAGAUGUCUGAAUUCUCAGAAGAAGAGGGAGUCUCACGCAAACUCCUCCCUCUCUAUAAUGGGCCCUGGGAAGUUUUGGAUGUGAUUGGUGAAGAUCACUUUGGCCCUCCGUACGUCGUUGAUGUGCCAGCCCAUCUGCGUACAUACCCCGUGUUCCAUGCAUCCAAACUAUACCUCCACCGUGAUGCUAAGACAUUCGAUUAUCGCGAAGAUAUGAUCCCUCGACGAUCAAAGGCGGGCACGAGAUAAACAGGAUCAAACAGCACGUAGGGAAAGAACGCAACAGACAGUACCAGGUUCACUUCAUGUAUCACCCACUAGACAAUAUGUAUUGGAUUUCCAAACAGGAACUGCUACCCAGUGCACCGCGUGUUGUCAAAGCAUAUGAGCGACAAAUCGCCACUAGCGCUCUACCUAAGAUCUCUGCAAAGCUCACUGCAACAGAGUACUCUAGGAAUCUCUUUGCCUUGCUCGCUUACGAUGCGUUUGUCGAGGACUCAAA